AUGAGAGCAACAUACACAAUCUUGUUCGGAUAUUAUGUUUUGAUAUCGAGUGUUCUUGUGAAUGCGUUCGAACCAAUCUCAACCACAUUUGUGGUCGGUGCGGGAGUAGGCCUAGCAGCAGUGGGGCAGAAAAUGUACAAUUAUUUAUAUGAAAGUUGCGAUUCAAAAUGGGUUGCUUUUAAUUCAACAGGUAUGUGUACAGGUAAACUAUUAGAUGGUUGAUGUGUUAUUGUAGUUUACUUAGGCUAUUUGAUCAUGUAGACACAGUCAAACCCUUUACGUUUUUAUCUUCCAAUUGCUUUUAGAUCUGCACCACUAUACCGUUGGCCUACUUUAGUGAUGGGCAGGGUCAUUACAAAUUGUGUGGAUGAAGGGGGCUUGAAAAAAGAGAAAGCAAUACUUAAAAUCCAUAAAUUAAUCAUCUAUAGGCUACUUAUGUUUUUAUUUCAUUAUUUUAGGCUCUAACGUUAGUGCGUAAGCUUUCGGGUCUAAUGCCGCGUUCAAAACAACUGGGAACUCGGAAAUCUCCAACUUCAGUGCGUUCAAAUAACUGGGAACUCGGAACAAAAAGGAGCUCGACUGGGAAAAAUCGAUUUGAACGGUCAUCCAACUCGGUCCGACUUUCCGACCUGAAGAUCACUGACGUCAUGAUUUGACUUUUCCGAGUUCCCAGUUGUUUUGAACGCAGCAUAACUGUACACGCGCCAAAUAAGAGCCCCACAGUGGAGGUGUCAUAAAACCAGUAAAAACCUAGCGGUCAAACGGUUCAAUCAUUUCCCCACCAUUUUUGUAUAGAUUAUAGGGAUUUUAGAAACACUUAAAAUAAGGGCUGUGUAUCGUGUAGGCUUACACUGGCGUGACAUUUUGAUAACCAUGUAAAUUUCUCUCGGACAAGGUGACUUAUCAAUUUAUUCGCCUCGUAUUUACUCACAGAUUCGAAAAUGCUAAUUAGCGUCAAAGUACACGUCAUGCAAAACUACAAAUCCCUGCAAGCUCCUGCACAUCAUCUCUUGCUAACAGGUGUUGUGUCGAUUUUAAACUUGCACAAGACAGUUAACAGAAUUGUCCAUUUAAAUGGGAACAGGCAGAAAAAUCGAUCCACUGAGGCAAUAAGGACAACGUCGGAGUUUAAUUCAAAAAGAGAAAAACUGUGAAAUAAGAAGUAAUGUUCGGGAAAUAUUUGGUGAAGUGGUAAAAGAGGAUGAUAGUAGUGUCGGUUAUGUGUGAUGAUUGUGACAGUCAGAAGACAGAGACUUCAAAUAGGCCUAUGCACGUCAAGGGAACUGUAGCCUUGGCUACUGUUCAGAUGGGCUGAAUGGAAACUGAAUUCUGGACACUGACUGUAGGUGUAUAACCACUCACUUAGCCUUAAUAGAAACUCCUGCAGAUUUAAGCAUUUCUUGCAGUAAAAUUAUACACCAAAUGUAGGCACAAUUUUGACUCGGGAACAGGAGAAAUAUGAUUUAUUUAUUUCAGCAUCUUGAGAGAAUGCAAAUGCACAGUUAGAUACCGUCUGUAGAGGAGGUAUCUUUAUCAGCAUCAUAAGCUGAUAGUAGGCUAUUUCAACCACAUGAGAUAUGCAUCCAAGCCGAACUGAAAUCGUAUCAGAUACAUUUUGGGUCGUUUUCACAGCUAAACGUCUUUCCUUCGCGAAAGAGGCAGAGAUGACGGAGAUAACUUUACUGAUGUCAAAUAGAUUGAAGCGUUCAUUCCAUCUAUUUAUGACAUUGGUGAGCAAGGGUUUAUUUAGUCUUCCAGGACAACAUAUGACAGAAGAGAAGCUGCAUGUAUCUAUUUGUAGACGUUGAACAACAAAUCGCCUACCAAAAUGUCUGGAAUUAUAAGCAGGAACAUCCUAAAUCAGGCAAAAAUAAUAUCAUUCUACCAUCUCUGACUAGCCUACAGCGGAUUUUCUAUAUUAGUGGGUUAGGGUCGGGUGCUGGCCACAGAUUUUCAAUAUAGUCGGGGGGUUGCUUAUCGGUUAUUAGCAAUUGUGGGCGGGUAAGGGUGAGCAAACAGCUGACCCGCGCACCACUAGCCUACUUAGCAGAUGUAUCCUACAUGCAUAACUAAUCACAUGUUAUGAAGAUAACCACCUGUUAUUUGUAUAGAAAUAAUGGUGGUGUAUUCGUAGCACAUGUCCCAUUCAUUGACACUAAUAAUCGACUUCUGCCCGGUCAUCAGGUUUGGAAGUGGCCCUAGAUCGGAAGCUGUUUGGUCAACAUGUUGCCUCCAGAGUCAUCCAGAAAGCUGUAACGGGUUUCAUGAACAAUAAAAACCCUAAAAAGCCCCUGGUGCUCUCUCUACAUGGCUGGACUGGCACAGGGAAGAACUUCGUCAGCCAGUUGAUAGCUGAAAACAUCUACAAGGAGGGCAUGACCAGCAGUUUCGUCCAUCAGUUUGUGUCUACAGCUCACUUCCCUCAUCUGAGUCAGAUUGAGAACUACAAGGUAAAACAAGUAUUUUGUUAUAUUGAAAUACAGUAUAAUCCCUUGUAACUGUGGCAGGGAAAUUCUCAAUAGAGAAUUAGGCUGUAAUAUUCUAUAUUAGGGGUAUUCAAAUCUUACCCUGUAGUACUGCUGUUUUUCUGUUCUACCUGAUAAUUAAUUGCACCCACCUGGUGUCCCAGGUCUAAAUCAGUCCCUGGUUAGACUGGCUUCAAGGUUCACAUUUGAAUUAGAGGGUUCUAUAGGAUACAGAAUGUAUAGCUGAAUAAUUUUAAAUAUAUUUUGCGGCUAUGCUGUAAGCUGUCUUCACUGCUGUAGAUAAGUCUGUGUUUAAACUGUUGUGACCAUCCCUCAGUCUCAGCUGCAGCAGUGGAUCAAAGGCAAUGUCACCAACUGCCCACGUUCCAUGUUCAUCUUUGACGAGAUGGACAAGAUGCACCCUGGCCUGAUCGACUGUAUAAAGCCCUACCUGGACUACUACGAAAAUCUGGACGGGGUCUCCUACCGCCAAGCCAUCUUCAUCUUCCUCAGGUAGGGCAGACAGACCAGCAGUGUGUGAUAAGAAUUAAUGUGUUGUUUUUGGAUACUUUUGUAUUUUUUUAUUUUUUUACUGGAUUUACAGUCAAAUAUAGUACAGACAUGCAUCAUAUUAUCUUUCCACAAACUUAACGGACUCUUUAUAAUGACCAUGGUUUUACUUAGCUAAAAGUCAGUGUCAAUCAGAUACGGCCCCCCAAAACUAAGUUCAGUUACUCAGAUGUUUUAAUUUUGCAAAUAAAAUCACCACACAUGAACCUAAUGCAUUUAUAAACUACUCCAUGUCCGGACCAGUGAGGAAGAGAAAAUAACGUUGGGGACCCAGCUUAAAGUGGCCAUGGAAAUUCUGUUCGGGCUAGUAGAUUUUUGGCCAACUGGUCCGACCGAGCCAGUGAAAAAAAAAAAAAACGUUGGACCAUGCUUAAUAUCUACUAGUUUGUUUUGCUAAUCUCCAUAGCAAUGCUGGAGGAGAGCACAUCACGCAGGUGGCCCUGGACUUCUGGAAAGCAGGUCGAGACCGAGAGGAGAUGAAAUUGCAACACUUAGAACCAGCUCUCUCCCUGUCCGUGUUCAACAACAAGCAGAGUAAGCCACCUCUUUGCCGUCCUUCUUUAGGGCUGAAGCCUAACAUAUACACUUUGGUAACUAUUUUUCAUAUUUAACAAAUCAUACACAUAUACUAUAUGUACAAAAGUAUGUAGACACCCCUUCAAAUAGUGUAUUUCGGUUAUUUCAGCCACACUCGUUGCUGACGGGUGUAUAAAUCGAGCAUACAGCCAUUCAAUCUCCAUAGACAAACAUUGGUAGUAGAAUGGCCUUACUGAAGAGCUCAGUAACUUUCAACGUGGCACUGAGUCAGUUUGUCAGGCCACACAAGCUCACAGAACUGGACCGCCGAGUGCUGAAUUGCGUAGCGCGUAAAAAUAGUCUGUCCUCAGUUGCAACACUCUUUACCGAGUUCCAAACUGCCUCUGGAAGCAACGUCAGCACAAUAACUCUUUGUCAGGUGCUUCAUGAAAUGGGUUUCCAUGGCCGAGCAGCCACACAAGCCUAAGAUCACCAUGCGCAAUGCAAAGCGUUGGCUGGAGUGGUGUAAAGCUUACCGCCGUUGGACUCUGGAGCAGUGGAAACGCGUUCUCUGGAGUGAUGAAUCACGCUUCACUGUCUGGCAGUCCGACUGACAAAUCUGGGUUUGGCGGAUGCCAGGAGAACGCUAACUGCCUAAAUUCAUAGUCCAACUGUAAAGUUUGGUGGAGGAGGAAUAAUUGUCUGGGGCUGUUUUUCAUGGUUCGAUCUAGGCCCCUUUGUUCCAGUGAAGGGACAUCUUAAUGCUACAUCAUACAAUGACAUUCUAGAUGAUUCUGUGCUUCCAACUUUGUGGCAACAGUUUGGAGAAGGUCCCUUUACUGUUUCAACAUGACAAUGCCCCCGUGCACAAAGCGAGGUCCAUACAGAAAAGGUUUGUCAAGAUUGGUGUGGAAGAAUUUGACUGGCCUGCACAGAGCCCUGACCUCAACUCCAUCCAACACAUUUCGGAUGAAUUGGAACGCCGGCUGCGAGCCAGGCCUAAUCUCCCAACAUCAGUGCCCGACUUCACUAAUGCUCUUGUGGCUGACUGGAAGCAAGUCCCCGCUGCAAUGUUCCAACAUCUAGUGGAAAGCCUUCCCAGAAGAGUGGAGGCUGUUAUAGCAGCAAAGAGGAGACCAGCUCCAUAUUAAUGCCCAUGAUUUUGGAAUGAGAUGUUCGACGAGCAGGUGUCCACAUACUUUUGGUCAUGUAGUGUAUGUUUCUCUUAGGUUAGGAUUUUUCACUUUGUUACUAAGCCUGGGGUUAGAAGGCUGGGGAUGUUAUUGGAGACUUUUCAGACCUUCAGUAAAAAGAUGACCUGUGUUAUCUCUUUAUUCUGUCCAUCUGCCCUUCUUGCCCCUGUCCAUCUUAUGACUAUCCUUACCCCCUAGGCACUUGUGCACAUUUGAGAGGAUUGGGUAAGCAAUUGGUGGUAGUGUCUUCUUGCCCAUCUUAUGACUGUGUCCUUCCCUCCCUCCCUUUGUGUAGGUGGGUUGUGGCACACUAGUCUGAUAGACAAGAACCUAGUUGACUUCUUCGUCCCCUUCCUGCCUCUGGAGUACAGACACGUGAUGCUGUGUGGCAUGGCAGAGAUGGCCGCCAAGGGCCUGGAGCCCGACCAGGACAUGGUCGACCAGAUGGCCAGAGACUUGGUCUAUUUCCCCAAGAGUGAAAAGAUCUUCUCCGGCAAGGGCUGCAAGACCAUCGGCGGCAAGCUAGAUUACUAUACAUAG